GUUAUCAAGGACUUCUUAGAGAUAAUCUAUUACCCUUUCUUAACGGACUGGGGGAUGGUUCUUUUACAUUUCAGGAUAACAAUGUUCCUGUUCAUACAGCUGGUGUAGUAAUUCAAUGGAAAGAGGCAAAUUUAACAUCUUCACUCCCUUGGCCUGCUCAAAGUCCAGACCUUAAUCCAAUAGAACAU